AUGGAUCUCUUUAAAAAAUCACAUUUUGAAACUCCAAAUAGUAUUUAUGAAAAAAAGAUAGUGUUAGGCCUCAGAGGAGAGGGCCUUCGAGCUAUGUCCAGACAGGCCAAAGCUGAAGGCUGUGUUCAAAUCCCAGUGAAGUGUUUAUCAGGGGCUGUGCAGUGGUUGACUCCUCGAAACAGCACAGAGCUAACAUCGUCUAUACAAUUAUUCAUCUACCAUUAUCAUUCUCCUCUCACUAUUACUGCUAAAACUUACUACUAUCGUUUAGAAGAAGGAAGAAGGCAAAGGCAAAUCACCACAGAAAUGACCUGCCCAAAAAACGGGAGGGCAUUAAGGCUGACAUCUUUACCAUUGGCAUUGCUCAGAAAUAAGUAUGAUAUUCAUCAAUCACUUGAUUUUAGGUAUCAUUAA